GCGGUUCCCAUGUUUCUUCUCAUGUCUAUGGCGCCUAACCUGAAGUCGGCGGUUAUACACGUCCGUAAAGGGUGGAAGGCAGACAGCUUUGCUCUCGAGCUCGCUCAUUCCCGCAACCCACCGAGGAUGACCUUCCCUAGCUUGACCAGCCUUGUGCUAUGUAGCACUAGCCGCUACCCCGAGGACCGCAACCAAGCCUUUGAAGAAAGCUUUCUUUGCGGCCUUCUGGCCGCCGCUCCCAUCUUGAAGUCUCUCGAGCUCGAAUGCUUUGUCUUCCUGGAAGCACCUCAUCCUCUUCUAGCCCCCAUGACAUAUUCAUAUCCACCUUUACCACCCAGUGGCAUCACAUCUUUGAAACUCAGAUACGUCGAGAUUUCCGCCGCCUAUCUUCAUCACAUCGCUCGGAGGUGAUCGCAACUAAAGAGGAUUUCCUUUACCGUGACGCCAGCGGUCAACGCAGCGGCCACACCUGGAUCCGUACCGUCUCCCUGUACACUCCGAGUCAGCUCCUAGAAGCUCUUUCUCCGCUGGCCGAAACACUGGAGAGUGUCCAUCUUCAAUUCAUUGACCUCGGACAACUUUCGAUCUCGCCGCAAGAAGCAGACCGCCUGUCAACAAAUGCAUUGAAUGCAUUGAUUACCAGCAUCACGCCCUUCCGAGCUCUGAAAGGUUCUCGGCAUCGCGUACCGAGCCUGGCCUUCCUCGAGUCUUCUGCUCGGCCUGGUCAGGGCCUGUCCACAGCUCCGCGGCCUCCUUGUCCAUUCAAGGCGCCUAAUCCGAAAGGGGACGUGAUCCGGUUCGAGGAUGCUGUUUCGAAAAGACACAUUCCCAACGCGUUACGGGAGGUCAGGCUCUACGGCGGCCUGUCCGGCUUGCAUGCCUCGGGCUGGGUUCCCACAGACUGGAGCAUUCCCCAGGACUCGAUUCGGAAUCGCCCACCGUACCCCAAAAGAACGUACCGGAAAGGAAGCAUCCAAGUCAUAUCCCUGAACAGCACGUACAAGAUUAAAGAAAGAGCCUUCGAGGAGCUGGAAGCAGAAGUGUUGUCGGGAUGAAGAUGCAGGGGAAUGGAGAAGAGAUACCUGGAGUAAUUCGAGGAGGUACAAUACAAUACAAGCCGUUUCAGGGGCUUUCUUUGUCUUUGAGGAAGACCCCAUGGCUGCAGCAAUCGCUUCAUACCUGUAGUCUCUGAGAGGGCCGAUUCAAGGUAUUCAACCUCUGAGGGAGUGCGCCUCUCAUAAGUACCUAGGCUGAAAGAUCUUGCCCCAGGCCCCGGGUAUGGUUAGAACUUAGCGGUUAAGGUUCAUUCCGCCACCCCUAACAGACGCGCCUUGGUUUGGGGUCAGCGGUAGGGCUUCAACUUAUCUGGUUAGGAAUUCGGGCAUGUUACAUAGGAAAGUCGGCGAUGAGUGAGACCUUUUUUGUUAAUGUUAUGAAUGUUC